GAGCAUUCUGUCCCUCCUGGAGAGGGUCAUGUUGGGAGGUAUGCAUUACACUACUAUCACUGUGGGUGUGAGCCGAGGAAGCAGCGACGCCAGCAGCAGCAAUGACGUCACCUCCCUGUGCUUGCCCCGCCCCCUGCCGGUCAGCAGCAGCCGCACAGCCAGAUGAAGUAAAAUGGUGGAAUUAAUGAGGACGCUGGCGGAUCACGUAGAUGAUGUAAACUGCUGUGCCUUCUCUGACUCUCAUCUGGCGACAUGCUCCUUGGAUAAAACCAUCCGGGUUUAUACAUUAAAAGACUUUAAGGAGUUGCCGUUCUCACCACUGAGAGGACACACAUACGCAGUUCAUUGUUGCUGUUUUUCACCUAAUCAGUCCGUCCUGGCUUCAUGUUCCACGGACGGUAAAACGAUUCUCUGGAGCAUGGGCAAUGGGCAGAUCUUGGUGUCCUUGGAGCAGCCGGGCAGCAGUCCAGUGAGAGUCUGCAGAUUCUCCCCCAGCUCCAUAUAUUUGGUGUCAGGAGCAGCUGAUGGUACCGUGGUGUUAUGGAAUGUACCAUUGCUGAAUUUUCACAGAUCCGGGAUGGUGAAGGAUGGCUCUAUAGUGGCGUGUGCCUUUUUCCCUGGGGGAAAUAUAUUUAUCACAGGUUCCUCAUGUGGCGACCUAACAGCCUGGGAUGAGAAAAUGCGAUGUUUGUAUAAUGACAAGGCCCAUGAUCUCGGAGUAACCUGUUGCAGUUUUUCUCCCCAACCUAUAGCAGAUGCAACACGCAGCACUGAGUGUUACCAAAUGGUGUCCUGUGGCCAAGAUAAUGACAUCAGAAUCUGGCUAAUCUCAUCUGGUUAUGAGAAAGGUUUUCAAAUGAGAUGUAAACUUACUCUAAGGGGACAUUCAGCCCCUGUCCUCUGCUGCGCCUUCUCCAGUGAUGGUCAAAGCGUUGUCUCUGGGUCUGUGGACAAAUCUGUAAUCAUUUAUUCAGUCAAAACUGGAUGCAUUCUACAUAUCCUCACUCAUCACACACGGUAUGUGACGGCCUGUGCUCUAGCUCCGAACCAGCCUCUGCUGGCCACCGGGUCUAUGGACAAGACGGUUGUUAUCUGGAAAUUAGGACAUGCGAGUGAUUCACCAGCUGACAGAAUGAGGAGUAAAACAGAGACUCAUAUUGACAACUGGACAGAGGAAGAUGUCAGACUUUGGCUGACAGAAGAGGGCCUGGCAGAGGUAGAGCACAAUUUCAGUGCAAAUAACAUUGAUGGUAGAGAACUACUUGGCCUCACCAAGGACACGCUGCUUAAUGACCUGAAGAUAGAGUCACUUGGGCUGCGCAAUAGGAUUUUGAGAAAAAUUGACGAUCUAAAAAGCAAGAUGAAGGCAGCAGCUUCCAGUAUCCCAGAUGAGUUCCUCUGCCCUAUAACCUGGGAAAUCAUGCAGGAUCCAGUGAUUGCAUCAGAUGGUUAUUCUUAUGAGAGGAAGGCAAUUGAAAACUGGAUCAGCACGGAGAAGAGGACGAGUCCUAUGACCAAUCUUCAACUUGAAAACCUUCUUCUCACACCUAACAGGACACUAAAAAUGGCUCUGAACCGCUGGUUAGAGACUAGGCCCGAUGAGAAAACCAAUUCUCUUAUAUCCUGAGAGGAACUAUUAACUGUCUUCUAAUCAAGAGAUGCUGCAUUUCAUUAAAUAAAUUGCAAAUUAUUUUUCAGCAGAGAAAGGGUCCUAUAUAUAACGAAGGAGGUUGUGUCUCCUCUCCUGUCACCCAGGUCAGAGGGCAGAGUGUGAAGCAGCUAUAAUUUGUCUAAUUAGUUAUCCUUACAGUCAUCUGUCUUGUGUUUUCACCUGCUUGAUAAGUGUACGAGUUAAUGAAGAUAAAGGUGUAGCUAUGGAAGGGAUAUAUUUCCCUGUCAGCAAACCCCAUGAAGGACGACCCACCAGAUUCUUAUCUUUUGCAGAACAUAGCAGACAAAAGAAAAGGAGUAUUGUAUUAAUACUUACUGGACAGUUGUGUACAAACAUCUAAGCUUCUGCCAUAGUACAGGAAGAUCUGCAUAUACAACAUAUUCAUGAAGAGACUAGUUCCUGUCUUAUAUAAUGUGUAUUUUACAUUCAAUGAUCCCGAAGCUUGCAAUACUGACAGGGGUGAGUUGUCCCCUAACCCUCACCUCCCCUAUAGUGCCUAAAUCUAACUAUUCCCUGACCACAGCCUAAACCUAACCCUCUCCUCCCCCCCCAAUCCCGGUAUGAAUGGUUGACCAUGUUAUGGUCGACAGUCAUUAGGUCGACCACUAUUGACAUGGUCGACAUGGACACAUGGUCGACACAUGAAAGGUUGACACAUGAAAAGGUCGACAUGAGUUUUUUUAACUUUUUUUGGUGUCGUUUUUUGCGUAAAGUGACUGGGAACCCCAAUUAGUGCCAUGCUUCGGGCAUGGUGCCUUCACUCUGCUACCGCUUCGCUCGGCACACUUUACGAUCCACAUGGACUACGAUUGGAACGGUAAAGUAUGGAAAAGUUCCCCAAAAGAAAAAAAAAAAGUUAAAAAACUCAUGUCGACCAUUUUCAUGUGUCGACCAUGUCAACCAAUAGUGGUCGACCUAAUGACUGUCGACCAUAACAUGGUCGACCAUGUGAACGGAUACCCCCCAUCCCUAACUGUAACCUCCUCAGGGGGCAGCUAAUCUAACCCCCUCCCACCCCGGACCUAAACCAGGUCAGGAUGCCGACAGUUGGGAUUGAGAUGUCGGUGUCCUGACCAUUUAGGGAUUUCGGCGCUGGUAUUGUGACGGGUGUUGGGAUUCUGACAGCCAGGAUCCAGACAGCCGUCAAAAAUGAACCGCAUCCCCUUCCAUGGCUAUGGUUUUCAUCAUAAAACUGGGAAUAUUGUUGUUUGUAAAAUUAACAUUUUAGGGAUAUCAUUUUUGUUUUUCUUUUAAAACCACUCUUCCCCUCUGGCACUGCUUUUCCUGGUGGUAAAAUCAAAUAGAAGCCGUUUCUUCCUUUAGCUGUCCUGUAAUACUGGUGCGUUUGGUCAGUGUUGCGGUUCUAUCUAGUCCGUGUGUGUGAUGGAAACCGCUUGCACUGCCCCUUUUGCUUGUUAUUAGUGCAGCAGGAUUAUACAAUAUAUAAUGUAAAUAUUUAUUUUUCUUACUGAUUUGCACUCCGCUCUGAAAAGAUUGCACAAGUUAAAAGUAAACCGUCGAGAUGUAGAAAAGCUAAUUCUAGAAUUACUAAUGUGCAAUAAUAGUAGAACAAACUCAUCUUGUAAAUGUGUAAUUAUUCUGUCACUUACUUAUCAUGUAUACACAGUCUAUAAUAAAUACAGGGACAUAUACAUAGGAUAAAAGAGUUUGGCCAAUCUUGGCAGCACAUCUAUCUGUUUUCUAUAUUUAUUUAAAAAAAAUAAAAAUUGCCCGUGUUAAAGACUGUA